GCAGCGUCCCUUGUGGCAAGAGGGGGUAAGUCCAUGUGGUCCUGCCCGGCAAUUCCUCCUCUCCAAGAGCGAAAGGGCUGGGAUUCCGGCAGUAAACGGAGCACCGAGUGGGCGUGAAAAGAGGGCGAAAUCGUUACACAGACGGGCGGACGGAUCGCGGCGUGUUUAAAGAGAUGUAUUCCAUGAAAACUUAAACAUGGAGCUGGGGAAAGGGAAGCUCUUGAGAACUGGCCUUAAUGCCUUACACCAGGCCAUCCAUCCUGUGCAUGGGAUUGCUUGGACAGACGGAAAGCAAGUGAUACUGACUUCGUUAUACCAACAUAAUGGAGAACCUAACUUUGGCAACUCAAAUGUUGUGGGUCAAUUUGAACACGUUCAUGGACUCUACUGGGGUCCAUUUUGUGCACCAGAUGCUCCUGCACUUCUUGCUAUUCAGCAUAAAAGACACAUUACAAUGUGGCAACUCUGUUACAGUGUUUCAGAACAGAACAAGCUGAUGGUUUAUCAAAUCAGUGAAAUCAGCGAGCUGUUUCCUAUACUUCCUCAGGGUUGUGUGUGGCAUCCCCAAAAAGAAAUCUUGGCGGUGCUCACUACACGAGAAACCUCUGUGCUCCAUUCAGUGCGACUCAAUAACUCCAGAAUUAAAGCCGAUAUCAAAGGUACCGGUAUCAUUCAUUGUGCUUGUUGGACUGAGGAAGGCAAACGUUUGGUGAUUGGGAUAGGUAGCACACUCCAUUCCUACCUGUGGGAUGAUGAUCAGAAAACUUUAAAUGCUUGCUCCUUUUGUCCAAUAUUUGAUGUAGGGGGCUAUGUUUGUGCAAUUGAACCAACUAUGAGCACACAAGUGGCAGUUGCUACUGAACUGCCACUAGAUAAGAUCUGCAGCUUAAAUGCUGGUGUUUCCUUUGAAAUCCCAAGUGGGAUUAUUGGAAAUGCGAUUCCUUCUCAAAGUAACCCAUUAGAAUGUGAUGGUGAUGCCUCUAUAGAAGAUGGAAAAAAAGUAACGGACCAGGAAAUGCUUGCAUCAUCCCCAGUGGAUUUGACUCAUCUGCCUUUGAGCAAACAGCUACCUGAAAAAAGUCCCCUCAUUAAUCUAAGAUCCAAGGAUUACCUCACUGGAAGUGGUCACGAUGCGUCACAUUUGAUUUUGGUGACGUUUGAAAAAAAAGCGACCUCUAGUAAAAAAGUCAGCAUUCCGGGUGUCCUGGUUCCAGAUAUCCUGGCUUUUGACUCUAAAACACAGACUGUAGUAGUUGCCUCCAAUACUUGUAAUAUAAUUUUGACUUACUCCUUAUCUUCAUCACUCCUGCCUAACAUUCAACAAAUUCAAUUGGAGAAGAAUGAGAGGCCAAAGGGAUUAUGUUUCUUAACAGAGAAACUAUUAAUGAUCCUGGUUGGGAAACAAAAAUUAAUGGAUCCUGCUUUUCUUCCCUCUUCACGCUCUGAUAAGUACAUUCUCCGCUUGCUAGUCAAAAAGAUCACCACUAGAGAAGGCCCUUCUGCACUUUUGGGGCCUACUCAGGUUUGCUUUAGGAACAUACCGGUGAAAAGAGAGUGUGUUGAAAGGCAUUCUUCUGAGGCUUACUUUCUGAGAGAAGGAUUGAUGCUUCCAGACUGCAUGAGCCUGCCAUCCUCUGGGAAGAAAAAACUGAUAGAAGAAAUUGCUGAUGAGCAAUGUCUGCCAACAAGCAUUGUGGAUUCUGCUGAGAAAAAGAUGUCCAAGGAUUUUCCUCAAGAUUUGAGAACUUUGGACGUUGAGCCAACAACUCAUUCCUUUGUUCUUCAACAGCUUGAAAACUCUUCAGGAUCACUUAAUAUACCAGUUUCAAGCACACCAGGAGGUGGAUCUCAUGAAUCCUCUAAUUCAUACGACAAACAAAUGCAGAAUUCUCAUGAAGUAAAAAGGAACUUACUGCAAAGUGAAAAAGAAGCUAAUUGUGUCUCUAAAAAUCUAGAAGAACUGUGCUACAGCUUUACAGAACUUCAACAUCAACUUUUUGAGAUAACUGAACUUCUAAGAUCAGGAAAAAAAAUUGUUCCGCAGUAUCCACCAUCUUGUGAACCUUCCUUUCUUAACGUAAUUUGCCAGAAGGAGUCUUCAGGAUCUAUUACUUCUGAACAGCAUGCUGUUAUCCUCUGUGAUGGGAAACUCCGUCUGAGCAUAAUUCAGAAGAUUUUCAAUGUGGGUGUAGUUGAAAUGCAGCACAAUUUGUCCUGGAUUGUUCUUACAGCAGACAGCGAAGGCUUUGUUCCAUUAACAUUUGAAUCCCAGCAGGAGAUCAUUAUAAGGGACGUGAAUGCUAUGUCUAAUGACAGCAGUAGUGCUUCCUGCAAAGCAUUAGUUGCGGUCAACUCCACUGAGGGAUACAGGAAGCUUUCCUCCCAAAGUCUCGAUUUUACAGCCAGCUCUAUGGAAGUCUUGAGAGAACCGUCUUCUCCAUGUCUAGUGGAUGGCGGCCAUUCUUAUGAGCAAACCAAUAGCUCUUCAUAAUCACGACUGUUUGCAACUUGAUCAACGUAGAAGUGAAAUCUUUCAUGAAGCAUAAUUAAAGUUGGGACUCCAUUAUAUAUUGUGCUUUCACAAAAGGGUGAUAUUUUACUGAACCAUUGCUCCUGCCUUUGAUUCUUUUUUUACUGUUACUCCAUGGCUUACUUGCCAUUUUGACACAUAAUUUUAAAUUAUUCUUGCCUGGUAAUAUGAUGGUAGCAGCUGUACAAGGCACCUCAGUCUCUACAAAGCC